AUAGUAUGAAUUGUUAAGGCUUCAAAAAAAAAAGUCAUUUCCUUUGCAGAACAGUACAGUUGGGAUUUCUUCCCAAAGUCCAAGCGGCCAAACACGGCGACUUGGAAAAAUACUUCAGCUUUUCUCACCAGUUUUUGUGUUUAUUGAUCAGAGAUGGCUUAUGCUGCAGUGGUUUCUCUUGUGCAGAUUCUAGAGCCUUUGAAAUCUGAUCAAUUUCUUAUCAAAUCUCUCCAUGACAACUUCUCUUCCUUGCAAUCCUCUCUUGAAAGAAUCUAUCCUGUGCCGAGAAGAAGCAAGGAUCAUGCAGAUCAACUGGAAAUCGACAUUAGAGAUGCAGCCUAUGAAGCUCAAGACCUCAUUGAAUCCUGGAAAAUCCGUUCAUCGGAAUCUGAAGAAAUCCCCUUGCAAGACCUGCAGGAACUAAUAUCGAAACUUGAUCGCAUCGCGGAUUCGGCGAAGGGCGUCGUAGAUUCCAUCGGGCAUAGAACAGAUCAGGACCACCAGAAAGGCGAGUUGUUGUCUGAGGAGGCUCUGUCUACUAAAUCCACUUAUAGUAGCAAGAGUGGUAGGAUUGUGGGACAGGAAAAAGACUUUCAGAAGAUAAAAGAUCUGCUCCUUGGAGGCAAAGAGCAGCUGCAAGUUGUACCCAUCACCGGACUGCCUGGAAUCGGCAAGACUACUCUUGCUAGAAGUCUUUAUGAUGAUGAAGAUAUGGAGCAGAAAAAGAUCUUCCAGGUUCGUUCCUGGGUGACGGUAUCUCAAGAAUCUCGUCCUGGAGAUAUCUUAUCGAAUCUCCUCAGUUCCAUAGAAAUUGUGGGUCAAAGGAGGGAUGCCACGGACUCCAUAAAAAAGAUGGGUGAUAGAGCGAACGAAGAUAGUGCCGCGCAGUUAGGCGUUAAUCUGCAUCAAAGAUUAUUCAAUGUCAAGUAUUUCAUCGUGAUAGAUGACAUGUGGGAGAAUAAAGUUUGGAAUGAGGUUAGAAACUACUUACCAGAUAAUAAGAAUGGAAGUCGGAUUCUUCUUACUACAAGAAGUGCAGAGGUUGCAAAAUACGUCAACGAUAAAAUUCAGCAUCAGAUGGAACCUCUAAAUGAGAAAGAUAGUUGGAUAUUACUAUGCGACAAGGCGUUUGAAGAUGGGAUUUGCCCGCCUCAUUUGGAGGAAGUCGGCAAGGAGAUUUCAAAACAUUGUGAUGGUCUUCCCCUUUCUCUUACGGUGGUUGGUGGGCUACUCUCCCAGAAAAGAAAGAAGGUAGAAGAUUGGGAAUUUGUUAAAGAAGACAUAUAUGCUGCUGUUGAAAAUGCUGAUCGUAAGGAAAACCGCUACUUAGAGAUUUUGUCUCUGAGUUACAAUCACUUGCCUGGCAGGUUGAGAGGAUGUUUCCUUUACAUGGGUGCUUUCCCUGAAGAUAGUGAGAUUCUCGCUUCCAAGCUCAUCAAGUUAUGGGUUACUGAAGGUUUUCUAACAACUCCAGCGUCAGGCAGCUUGGAACGGGUUGCAAGGCACUCUUUGAAUGAGCUUAUUGAUCGAAAUCUCAUUUCAAGACGCAGGGUCACUUCUGACAGUCAAAUUAAAACUUGUGGGGUGCACGACAGUUUGCGGGCUCUAGCUGUGGAAGAAUCUCGGAAGCAGAAGUUCUUUUUUAGCAGAUACAGGUAUGUCCAAGACCUCCCAGAAGGCUCAGACAGGCUAAGGCGUCUAUCCGUUCAUAAAAACAUUCUCAUGUGCUUGGAAAAUGUUUACAACUCCACCAAAUCCAUUAAAUCUGCACGCACUCUUCUUUACGCCGGCCCUCAUCAUCAUCAUCCCUUCCCAUUCCCGUUAACUUUUGACCUCCUGAGGGUGUUGGAUGCUCUUACACUCUACUUCAUCGAGUUCCCAAAAGAAGUAGUUGCAUUGAUUCACUUGAGGUACCUUUCUCUUACAUACAACGGCAAGAUUCCCUCUUCAAUAUCCAAACUACGAAAUCUCCAGGUCCUGAUUGUUCGCCAGCAUCCAAAAAUCAUAUUUUUGGGUGCAUCAAUUCUGCCCGUGGAGAUCUGGAACAUGCCACAAUUAAGGCAUCUCCUGUUUACAGAAAGUAAUUUGCCUAGUCUUCCUGGUUUAGAAAUUGAUGCAAACGACUCUGUACUCCUUAAAAACCUUCAGUCUCUUUCAGACGUCCAUGCGGCUUGCUGCAUAAAAAACGUUCUUCGACACGUUCCCAACUUGACAAAGUUGGGAACUUGGGUUGAAGAACCAAGUGAUGUACAUCUUUGUCUUAACCAGCUUGAGAAACUUGAAUCUUUCAAAUUCAUUGUCCUGAAUCCCAUCCCUAACCCUGAGAAUAACUUCCUGCCAAAGCUUGUUUUCCCAAAAACAUUGACAAAGUUAACUUUAAGUGGUUGUGGAUUACAUUGGGAAGACAUGGCAAUUAUUGAAGAAUUGCCAAAUCUUGAAGUGUUGAAGCUGCGUGAGUUUGCUUUCCAAGGUCCAAAAUGGGAUUUGGAAGAAAUGUUUUUUCCUGAACUGAAGUUCCUUCUUCUUGAGGCCCUGCAGCUGCAGAUAUGGACUGCUUCUGAUGACAACUUCCCAAGCCUGGAACGCCUGAUUAUUAGGCACUGCUAUGAAUUGGAGAAAAUCCCUCCAGAAAUUGCAGAAAUAGGACCCCUUCGACUGAUCCAAUUGGUUGACUGCAGUCCUACUGCUGUGGCUUCGGCACAGGAAAUUAAGAAGGACAAGCAGCGCACCAAAAAGGACCUUGAAGUUCGCAUCCAUUCUUCAUGGGCAUAGUUUAAGUGACUAAGAAGAAUGCUAACAACGGAACGGAAAAUUCUUACUCGGUCUGGGUUCGAAUUUUCCGACAGGAACGCCUUAUCAUGAUUCUGAAGUUUUAUGAGUAUCUGGCAACGCCGUCUGUUAUUGCAUUUGGCUGUAUGUUUUCUUUUUUCAUUGUUAUUGAGACUGAAACAUUAAUCUGAUUUGAUGGUUUCAUUAUGAGAUGUUACAAUAAACAGGAGAUGCUUUCACUUUCAACAUUUGAACAUUUAUCCUGAUUAA